UCGGCUAGAUCCCGGAAGUGUGGGCACACAGGAGAGGGGCGGGGAACUCGCGGGGUCAAAUCGGGGGUCGAGGUUUGAGGUCGGGUCAGGACCCAGGGGGGCAGGAGUAGGCACAGCUAUGAGGCGAGACGUGCGCAUCCUACUGCUGGGUGAGGCCCAAGUUGGGAAGACGUCGCUGAUCCUGUCACUGGUGGGCGAGGAGUUCCCAGAGGAGGUCCCAGCCCGAGCAGAGGAGAUCACCAUCCCCGCAGAUGUCACUCCAGAGAAGGUGCCCACCCACAUCGUGGACUACUCAGAAUCCGAGCAGACGGAUGAGGAGCUCCAGGAUGAGAUCCACAAGGCAAAUGUGGUGUGUGUGGUAUAUGAUGUGUCUGAAGAGGCCACCAUUGAGAAGAUCCGAACCAAGUGGAUCCCACUGGUGAAUGGCAGAACUGGAAGUGGGCCCAGGGUGCCUAUCAUUCUGGUGGGCAACAAGUCAGACCUGCAGCCAGGGAGCAGCAUGGAAGCUGUGUUGCCCAUCAUGAGCCAAUUUCCUGAGAUAGAGACCUGUGUGGAGUGUUCAGCCAAGCACUUGAGGAACAUCUCAGAGUUGUUCUACUAUGCCCAGAAGGCUGUUCUGCACCCUACAGCCCCCCUCUAUGACCCUGAGACAAAGCAGCUGAGGCCCAAGUGUGCCCAGGCCCUCACUCGGAUCUUCAGGCUCUCAGAUCAGGACUUGGACAACUCGCUCAGUGAUGAGGAGCUCAAUGCUUUCCAGAAGUCCUGCUUUGGCCACCCCCUGGCCCCACAAGCCUUGGAGGAUGUGAAGCGGGUGGUAUGCAAGAAUGUGCCAGGUGGUGUGCAGGAUGACCGGCUGACCCUGGAUGGCUUCCUCUUCUUGAACACACUCUUCAUCCAGCGUGGCCGGCAUGAAACCACAUGGGCCAUCCUACGGCGUUUUGGCUACAGUGACUUGCUGGAGCUGACCACUGACUACCUCUUCCCACCGCUCCACGUGCCCCCUGGCUGUAGCACUGAGCUCAACCACCAUGGCUACCAGUUUGUGCAACAGGUCUUUGAGAAGCAUGACCAGGACUGUGAUGGUGCCCUCUCGAUGGAGGAGCUGCAGAACCUCUUCAGUGUGUUCCCAGAAGCCCCCUGGGGCCCUGAGCUUUCACACACUGUUCGCACUGACUCAGGCCGACUGACUCUGCAUGGGUAUCUCUGCCAGUGGACCCUGGUAACCUACUUAGAUGUCCAACAUUGCCUUGAACACCUUGGCUACCUGGGCUACCCUACCCUAUGUGAACAGGAGUCACAGGCUCAGGCCAUCACAGUCACCCGUGAAAAGAGACUAGACCAAGAAAAGGGUCAAACACAGCGGAAUGUCCUCAUGUGCAAGGUGGUGGGGGCCCAAGGAGUGGGCAAGUCUUCCUUUCUGCAAGCCUUCCUUGGCCACAGCCUUGGGGACACCAGCCCAUUCCCCCAGGACUCUCCUGUCUAUGCCAUUGACACAGUACAGAUCAAUGGGCAAGAGAAAUACCUGAUCCUGUGUGAAGUGGGCACAGACAGCCUGCCGGCCACCUCACCUGAUGCUGCCUGUGAUGUUGCCUGCCUGAUGUUCGAUGGCAGUGACCCCACCUCCUUUCUGUACUGUGCCAGCAUCUACAAGCGCCAUUACAUGGACGGCCAGACUCCCUGCCUCUUCGUCUCCUCUAAGGCUGACCUGCCUGAAGGUGUUUCCCCACCAGGCCUGUCACCAGCUGAGUUUUGUCGCCGGCACCGACUACCCGCCCCAGCCCUGUUCUCUUGUGAAGGCCAAGCCCUGCCAAACACUGAUAUCUUCACCCGAUUGGCCACCAUGGCUGCAUUCCCACAUCUGGCUCACACAGAGCUGCACCCCACCUCCUUCUGGCUCCGGGGAAUGCUGGUAGCUGUUGGAGCUGCUGUGGCAGCAGUUCUCAGCUUCUCACUCUACAGGGUCCUGGUGAAGAGCCGAUGAUGGCCAUGGAAACUGUGGCACAGCCUGCUAUGGGACCCCAUGUGGUGUGGGUUUUCAGCCCCAUACAGCAAGAGCCCUAAGGCACUGGUGUGGGACCACUGCUUGGGGAGCAAGCAUCUGUCUGUCUCAGUCUUUGCUUCUGAAGAUAGACUACCCUAGGCUGGGCUGUGACCUGGCUUGGCCUGAUGGUAGGGUGCAGGUGUACUGUCCACAUGGCCUCUCUCUUUUGGGCACUUGUGAGUGGGAGACUGGGGUCAUGGGUAGGAAGUGGGGGGCCAGCCCUGGGGUUCUCAGGUCUUCCUGCCUUUUUCUUUGUCUCAGUAGUCAGUGAGUAUCCAGGGGCCACAGGAGGUGGCCAGAAGAGGAAGUGGCUAGACUGAGUGCAGCCCCUACCAUUCCGUCCAGUUAAAAUCUUUGCCCAUGGCCACACUGGCAACAGAAGACAGAUUUCCAAAUUAAACUUCUGUCUUUUCCA